ACUUUAUCCCUAGCUCCUACUUUCGUUUUCACUUCAACAGUCACCUCCGAUAUGAAUUCGUUGAGAGUUUUACAAACUUUAACACAGUGCAAUAUUUCGAGGACAGUUUUUGUAUCCGAGAGGAUACUAUCUUUUAAGGUUUUAAAUUGUGAUAAAAAUAUUUGGAAAUGUUUUUCAACCCAAAAUCAAGAGAAUACAAGUAAAGCUAGCAGAGAAAAUUCGGAUGCAAAGAAAACGACCGGUACUGAAUUGGACGUCAAAAGAAAAAGUCCAUACGAAGGCUUAUCAGCAGGACAGAAAGUUGUGGAGGCAGGAAAAGACUUGACCUACAUUGGAGUCAUCCUAAUUGGAGGCGGUUUGAUUGGUUAUGUGUUCUACAAUUUGUACAAGGAGUUGUUUGCCACAGAUGGAGCGACAAGUGUGUACAAUGCAGCAGCAGACAUUUGCAAAAAAGAUGACAGGGUGAUAAAUGCCAUGGGGGAACCUAUCAAGGUGUACGGGGAAACAGACAGACGGGGACGAAGGAGGCAUGUCAGCCAUGAAGAGUUUAUGGUGAAUGGAAUUAAACAUAUGAGGAUGAAGUUUUACAUCCAAAGUCCACAUAAAGUGGGCACAGUAUAUGCUGAAAUCAAACAGGAAACAGAUAACGAUGUUGAAUAUGUCUACUUGAUUGUUGAACUCAAAGGAUUUCCCAGCAAAACCAUCGUCAUUGUGGACAAGCGGUGAUUCUGAAGGUCAUCAACACUCGUGGACAACGGAUGAAAUUGAGGGGGGGGGGGGGAGUACAUUUCAUGAGUACAUUCUGUAGCGAUCACACGUGGACAUUCAGACGAGGUGGCGAUAUUGUGAAAGCUUCGUGUGUGCUAUAUUCUUAAUUACCACGUGUAAAGCUGAAUGUUACAUUUUCAAAAAUUUAGAACGUAUCGUUCACCUGGUGUACCUAUCACAGGAAACACAGUGCCUGGUGUACGUAAUACAUACAUAAACUACGACUGUAAUGGAGCUGCCUACCAUUCAAAUUAUGUUUGGUAAUUAUUAAGAGGAGUAAAUUAGUUUUGUUUGCAGAA